AUGUUACUUUCUUUGAUCAUAACAGCCACACUGGCCUUUACCAGUGGUGACGAUUACUUAGUGAAAUAUAUUCCCGAGUCGAAUGUCUUCAAUGCCACAAAUGAGCAGUAUUAUAGACCAAGUUGCACAACAUGCUGCAGAGUUUUGUUUGCAUCGGAUUACAACUAUGUUACCCAAAGUAGAUUUACAACCUCUGAUACAGACACUCGUUAUGUAAUGGAUAUGGAGUUCGAUAAAGCUAACAAGGUCAGAUCAGCUACUGGAGACUGGGAACAAAAUAUCUUAUUAAGACCAAUCAAUAUGGGUAAUGAACUUCAAUUUUGGGAGUUUGCACCAUAUAAAAUGUUCAUCUCAUUCCCCAUUCCUAGAAGAGUUCAUGACAUUAGAAGUGGAGCAAUUGUUGGUAACACUUUGAUCAUCUGGGCUAAGAAACCCCCUUUGGAUAUUGGAACUAACAACCAAAGAUUUAUGUAUGUCCAUCCAUAUGACGGAUACCCUACUACUGCGACUUACUCCGUCUAUAAGCAACACUUCUAUAUCCCUUACCAAAAUAAUUAUAACUAUGCUUUGUGCUAUCAAGCAAGAAAAGCUUCUGAAGCUAGAUCCACCUGGUCCGGUAACUCAAAUUUGAACGUCUUGACUUCAAGUUAUCAAAUCACUGCACAAAGAUGUGAUGCAAACCUUGCAACUCAAUUCUUCGUUCCUAUUUUCGCGUAA